GCAUGCGCACAGAGCAGCAGAACUGACAUCGCGGGGCAGCACUGCAAUAUCCAUCGAUUCGGGACCGAAGAUUAUCCAUCUGCAUUCUCGCAAGACUGGUGCCACCUGUACAUACUAAUCCAUACCAACUGUGUCAUUGAAGCAACAAUGUCCAUGGGAAGUGACUUUGGGAACCCUUUACGGAAAUUCAAACUUGUUUUUUUAGGGGAGCAAAGCGUUGGGAAAACAUCGCUGAUAACAAGGUUCAUGUAUGACAGCUUUGACAACACUUAUCAGGCAACUAUUGGAAUCGACUUUUUAUCAAAAACCAUGUAUCUGGAGGACCGAACUGUGAGGUUACAGCUAUGGGACACCGCAGGGCAGGAGCGUUUUAGGAGUCUUAUCCCAAGCUACAUUAGAGACUCCACAGUGGCUGUGGUGGUGUAUGAUAUUACAAAUGUCAAUUCUUUCCAGCUUACCUCCAAAUGGAUUGACGAUGUCAGAACAGAGAGGGGAAGUGAUGUCAUUAUCAUGCUGGUGGGCAAUAAAACAGAUCUAGAGGAAAAGAGGCAAAUCAGUAUAGAGGAGGGCGAGCAGCGGGCCAAAGAGCUGAAUGUGAUGUUUAUAGAAACUAGUGCAAAGACUGGCAGCAACGUUAAACAGUUGUUCCGGAGAGUGGCUGCAGCUUUGCCCGGAAUGGAAAGCUUAGAUGAUAACAACAAAGAAGGAAUGAUCGACAUUAAGCUGGACAAACAGCCAGACCCUCCGGCCACUGAGAGUGGGUGCUCCUGUUAGUAAAAAGCGGUUCGGACCUUCAUUAUCACCACAUGCUUGUUCUGUUGCUUCCUAUGGGUCCACGUCCAGUUGAACUUUAUGAUCGGAUAUAGGCUUUUUACAUCUGAAUGGGUCUUAAAUUAUGUUCCUUAAUCUACACUGUCUGUUUAAUUGCCAAAAUAAUAUCAUAGGUAAUUCAAAGUGACUUGCUAACAGAUUCAUAUAAGACAGGAAGUGGCAUGUGUACCAUCUUCGGACAAAAAAACAUUCAGAGUGGAUUAUCGGUCGUUAUGUUUUGUAUUUUUGUACAUUACAAAAAAAGCACUAAAUGAUGCCUUCACGAAUAAUGAGUUUAAGAGGGGGGAAAGAGUAACUGUCUUUCAUCCAUAGCAUGCAUGUAAGACAACUUUUAGAAUCUGUCAUGUCUUUUGGUUUAUACACAUCGAUAGUAAUGAAACGAAGAACUCAGAAUUAAUGAAAAAAGAAAAGAAAAAAGAGAUAGGUCCUGUUCAAAGUCUUAGUGUGGGUCUGCGUAUACAGUACUUCCUACAUGUUAAUCCAGUACCAGCCUCCACGAGAGGUGUGUGUACUAACCCGGCUAACCUUUAAAGUGCCGAGGCACUGUUGCAAAGAACCACUGGAUAUUUUCUGCUAGCUUCAUGUAUACACUUAAGAUCCGCCAGGUGGUACUGUAUUGUAUAUAGUAUUUAUAUUAUUGUGAACAUCCAUCAUUUAGACGUGGUUUAUGUUCACUUGUAUAAAUAUUUACUUUUUUUUUCCUUUCACUGUAAUACGACAAGGGCUUCACUUUUAUUUUCUCAGUCUCACCUGUAACCAUACAUUGGUAGUAAAGUAUUACUUCUGAUUUGGGCAUUUUGCUAUUGACUUAUACUGUUUUACUGAUCCACCGAUUUCUUUUUUUUAAUUUUUUCUUUUUUUUUAUAAAAGAAUACCAUUAUUCUUGUUAAAUCCCUUUCAGAUGUUUAACAGAAAUAUGUGGGUUGAUUUUUAUUUCUCAUUGUUUAAAUAUAAUUUAGAACUAAUAAGAAUGAGAUACGCAUCAUUCAAAGCAAUUUUGAGGUGAGCCUUAGGAAACAACAGAUUUUCAUUUCAAAUACAUGCACUUUCUUCUGGGUUCUGACUAGGAAAUGUGUAGUUCACCACAUCCUAAAGUGAUGAAACAGACAAAUGAUUGUUGUAUCCCUCAUAUAUCCUGUGUAGUAAAGCUCUCAUAGUCCUCAAGAUGGCACAUCUUGAAUGGAUGUGUAGAUUAAAAUUCAAAAUGCUAGUUGUAGGUGAACACUUCAUCUGAGAGAGUCCUAAAACACGAAGACCUUUUUUCAAACAGAACUGCCUGUCACCCACUCACAAUAUUCUGGUUAUUGCAACAGUACGUUCAAGAAAUGUGAGUUGUUUACGAACUUCUGGAAACAUAGUAUCUUUAAUAUUUAUUGUAUUUGUUUUUGGUUUAUAUUUUGAAUUGUUUACAUAAAUGCACUGAUUGUAUAGAGAUUCAUUUAGGAUAUAUUAGGUAUUUAUAAUAUAUUAAAUGUUAGUGCGAGUUUCUUUCUGGUGCCAAUAAUUCUGUUAACUGAAACAAAAAUGGACAUAAGGAAUAACUGUGAUUGAAUUGUUGGUACUAGGCUUGACUUCAGCUGCUUAGAUCAUUUAAGGGGCCGCUGAUAUUAACUAUUUGGGAGGGACUGAGGUCAAUUAGUUAAUUAGUGCAUUGACAGGGCACAGAAUAUGCCAUCUUUCACAUUCACAUUUCUCAAGCCUCCGUCUUGUUUGCUUUGUCAUCUUUCACUUUUGUACACUAGUUGUGCCUUCUGUUAUUGUGGCAUCACAAUGCAAAGCUUUCAUUGUAUGGCUACCUGAGAACACAUACGUUAUAAAACGGUGGCCGCUGAUUGGUUCGACACACAACUGAUGGAUUUAUGAUACUGAUCUGUGAGGAAAUUGUUGUAUUCACACCAUCUAGCCAAUUCACAGCAGUCAAGGAAAAUUGCAGAACGGUCCCGUGCAAGCGGAAGGUUGUAUGUAAAAACAGGAAGUUGCAGCUGAUAGUGUGAGGAGACUGAAUGUGUCAGAUUUGUUGCCAUAGGGUUUUGUAGAGCAGUGUAGUUGGCUCUUUAUUUACUCUGUAAGGACAUUUAUGAGCAUGACAUCUGUCUGAAUAAAAAUCAAUAAAAUCCAUCUCUUAAUACCAAA